UGCUCUCUGUCCCACAGGGUGGACCUGGUGGUCCACUCCCUGAAAGAUCUCCCCACCACGCUGCCUGCAGGAUUCACCAUUGGGGCCGUGCUCAAGAGGGAAAACCCCCAUGAUGCAGUGGUGCUACAUCCCAAACAUGUUGGCAAAACUCUUGGCACUCUGCCAGACAGCAGUGUGAUCGGCACCAGCUCCCUGCGCCGCGCCGCCCAGCUGAAGAAGAGGUUCCCCCACCUGGAGUUCAAAGAUAUCGAGGAGUUCACGACAGGCCUGGGUCGAUUGGGCUGCUGUGAUUGCCAGGCUACUACCACAUCCGUGUCAACUGUGCGUAUUGACACCUUGCUAUACCCUUCCUUCACAGCAUCUCCUAGGCCAGUGGUUCUCAAAGUGGGGGGCGCGCCCCCCCAGGGGGGCGCAGAGGCAUGACAGGGGGGGCGCGA